ACGAGGAACUGGAAACAAACAAAAGAAAACAAGAGAAGGGUAUUUUUGGCACUCCACGGGGGGUCAGAAUCAGAUCCCACCCUCGGCUGCAGCCCGCAAGAAAGAAACAUACUAUAAGUAGGUCUAACAGUUUCAUCCUCACGGUUCAAUAGAUAUAUAUCUGAUUUGAUUUAUGUAUAGAGAGAGAAUAUGUAUAUAGAAGUAGAUAGAUCAGUAGAUGCGGAGAUCAUCGGGGAGGAGAUACAGAUUCGAGCAUUCCCUGUCCGGUAAUCGGUAUUGUCGUCAUCAGCCGCAGGCCAAGUGAACUUUGAUUAAUAAGGAAAAUCAGAAAAGGGAAUCAUAGAAAAUGCAGUCGCUGAGCAUAAAGAUGGUCCCGGCCACGAGGACGGGGGCGGGCGGCAGGGCGACUCCGACAACGGCGAGGGCAAGGGGAAGGGGAAGGGCAAAAGAAAUCCCCUGCCGAUUGUCGUUGGUCGUCGCCCCGGCCGCCGCUUCUUCUUCGUCGCCGUCGCCGUCGUCGGGAGGUAAUGAGCCGGAUGCCAAAGAGGAGAAGGCGGCGGCGGACUACAGGGGCUCCUUCCUGUCCAGAAGCCAAACCUACGCUCUGCUCAAGCAGCAGAUGGCCGUCGCCGCCAAGUUUGAGGACUACAAGGAGGCAGCCAGGCUAAGGGAUUCCUUGAGAUCUUUUGAAGAGGAGGAACCUGUACUACGGCUUCGAAGUUUGAUGAGAAAGGCGGUUGAUGAAGAGAGGUUUGAGGAUGCAGCAAAAUACAGAGACGAAUUGAAGAUUGUAGCUCCACACUCCCUCCUCAAAUGUUCAAGUGAUGCUACAACUCUGGGUAUAAGGGUGCAAGUUCGGAGUGUGUACAUCGAAGGCAGGAGCCAGCCAUUGAAAGGGCAAUAUUUCUUUGCUUAUCGUAUUAGAAUUACCAAUAACUCCCAGCGGCCUGUUCAGCUCCUCAGAAGACAUUGGAUUGUCACAGAUGCCAAUGGAAGGACAGAGAACAUUUGGGGAGUUGGUGUGAUCGGGGAACAGCCUGUCAUACUUCCUAGGACUGGAUUUGAGUACUCUUCUGCUUGUCCCUUAAGCACUCCUAAUGGAAGAAUGGAAGGUGAUUUUGAGAUGAAGCACAUUGAUAAAGUUGGCUCAUCAACUUUCAACGUGGCCAUUGCCCCAUUCUCACUUUCCAUUAUUGGGGAUGAUGAUGAUGAUGCUCCCCUUUGAAGAGUUAAUGUCAUACGAGUCGAAGAGAACUCAAAGGGAGUCUGCUGCCUCCAUCACGGGGUGGAACUAUAUGUAGAUGAUGCAUAGCUGGCUUUUGGUUCGGAGACUGCAUAAUUGUGCCGUGUCGUAGUAAUCUAAUUUUCAUAUACAUCUUUGUGCUGCUCAAAGGAGAUGCCAUGUGUGUAAUUCGAAUUAUAAUUGGUCUGCCAAUUUUCCCUAAGCUGUACAUGUUUAUUCCACUCGGUUGUCAUGUAUUAUGUGUAUGUAUUAAAUUGUUUUGCCUCCAAACAGUCUUAGGCACUGGCAGCGCUAUAUUUCACCUUUGGACACGGUUUUUGACUUUCCUGAUUUUCUUCUAGUGUGGUAAUUGCCUUUUGUAGGCUUAAUGAGGAA